GGGCGUGAGUGGGAAUGAAUGGUCGUGGCCGUGUGGGUGGAGAGCUGAGUGGGAAUAGGUGGGCGUGGCCGCGGUGUGGGUGGAAAGCUGAGUGGGAAUGAGUGGGCGUUGGGAGCGGCAUGGGCGUGCAAACUGAAUGGGAAUGAGUGGGCGUGGCCGUGUGGGUGGAAGUGUGAAGAGCUGAGUGGGCAUGCGGAAUGAGUGGGCGUGGCCGUGUGGGUGGGAGUGUGAAGAGCUGAGUGGGCGUGCGAAAUGAGUGGGAAUGAGUGGGCGUGGCCGUGUGGGUGGGAGUGUGAAGAGCUGAGUGGGAAUGAGUGGGCGUGACCUUGAAGGCGGGGGCGGCGUGGGUGUGGUGAGAGGAAGACAUGAGGGUGGAUGGGGGCGUGGUGGACUAGCAAGCAGGAGCAAAAGAACGGAGGAAGAACAGGGGAAGAGAGGAAAACAGGGAGGGGAAGAGGGGGGGAAGAAGAAGAAGCAGCAGAGGAGGAGGAGGAGGCAUACACAGGAGGCAGGCGUGUGUGUGUUCCUGCCUCCCUUCCUCCUCUCCCUCGCACUAUUACUACCAGUACCACCACUACCACCACCGUCUCCACCACCGCCUUCUUCUCCACUAUUAUCCCUCUCCACACCUCUCCACCGGCAAAAUGUCCUCAGGAGGGGAGCCGCCCACAUCCCAGUCCUUCACCCCAUUCUGGAUUGCUGGCCCAGGGUCCCCCUCCACCCCUGUGGUGGGCAACCCUGUGGCCAACCCAGUGCCGCCCACAGACAUGGCCCCGCUAGGCGGCACUGGAGUGGCCAGCUCUGUACCCUCAGCCAUGUCUCAGGACAUCACCACAAUGGCCAAUGCUGUGCCCCACGAUGACUUUACCAACGGCUUGGGGGAGCCACCUGCCCCACCCCCUCCUGAGCCACAGCAGCAGCAGCAACAGCAACAACAACAGCAGCAACAGCAACAACAGCAGCAGCAACAGCAACAACAGCAAGCACCGCCAGAAUCUCCAACCAUUGUGAAGACUCAGCCCCCAGACCCUCCUUCACUAGAGGCUGCACAGGUGCAAACUGUCCAGGUGCAGGCUGUGCAGGUCCAGAGAGGGCAGGUGCAGGCCACUCAGGUGCAGGUGACUCAGGUGCCAGCCGGACAGGUUGUGCAGGGGACUGGAGGUGCCACGGAGGUGAGGGUGGUGGAAAGUGCCAACCCUCCGGCCUGCUCCAGUGGUGCUCCAGCCCAGUUUUUCCACACCACUGUGGAGGCAGAGCCCGCAGAAGUGCAGGACACACUAGAGAAGAAGAAGAUCAAGGUGCAGCGGCGGAGACUGUCACCAUCACACCGUGAGAUGAUCAUUGACUUAGUGUUCAAUGAGAAGAAGACAUCAAGGGAGGUGGCACGCUACAUGGGUCUGCCGCAGUCCACCGUCAUGUCAGUAGUGCAGGUGUUCAAGAAAGAGCAUCGCAUCCACAAGAAGACAGCUACUGGGCGCAAGAGACGCCUCACCACAGCUCAGGAGUUCCAGCUGUUUGAAAUGUCACAGGAGCGGGACAACAUCUCCGUGGACGAGAUACGCACAAGGUUUCUGCAGCUCUUCCCUGAAUUUGGUCACAUCUCCAAGACCACCAUAUACAGAACUCUGGAGAGAGGCAAGAAGGGACUCAUAGGGAUGGACCCCCCACCAGAGCGCUAUCUUGAGCCCAUUGAGCGGUUCUGGGGAGUUAAGAAAAAAGCAAAACCAAAGAAAGCGGGUGGAGGGGCAGACCAAAGUGCCAACCACAGUGUGUUGGAGCCAAGUGUCAGCAUCAUGGAGGAGACAGGACCCAUCGAGACCAACUCCCAGGAGAAGGAUAUCAUCAGCCGCCAGCGCAGGUCCCUCUCUAUUGCUGAGCGGGAAAUGAUCAUAAGUCUCUUCUUCAAUGAAAACCGUACCAUCCGGGAGGUGGCCGACUUCAUGCACCUUGCCAAGUCUACCGUAUCCUCCGUGGUUCAGGUGUUCAAGAAGGAGCAUCGCAUCCAGCGCAAGACCUCCACCGGCCGCAAGAAAAAACUCUCUGAUGAACACGAACAGAUGAUUAUGGAGAUCCUUUCGCACAAAGAAGACAUCACUAUAGAAGAAACAAGGAAUAGGUUUCUCUCCCUCAACCCAGAAGUUCCAAAUAUUAGCAAGAGUACCAUUUACAGAAUUAUGGAGAACUGCCAGUCUAAGUUGCGGGCCAGGUCAGACAUGGAGGUGUUUGUGGGGGCCUUCGUGCACUCCACAGAUGACUCCCCAAUGAUUGUGCUGCCAGGCAUGGUGAUGGGUGUCCUCAACACAAAGAUUGAAUUCAUGGAGAGCCUGGAGGAGUUGGACCACUUGAAGGCAGAGUAUGGUUUCACUGACUCCAACAUUCAUUACAUGACACCAGGGCAGUUCAUGAUGCCAGGAAUGAUUGACACCCAUAUUCAUGCAUCGCAAUUUCCCAACAAUGGAGUUGCUAUGGAUCUCCCUCUAUUGGAGUGGCUUCAGACUUACACAUUUCCCACUGAAGCCAACUUCUCCGACACCCUCUUUGCCCGUGAAGUCUACAGCAAAGUGGUGGAGAGGCUGUUGAGGAACGGCACCACUACUGCUGCUUACUUUGGUACCAUCCACCUGGAGGGUUCCAAGAUCCUGGCGGACGUGGUGCACGACAAGGGGCAGCGCGCACUCAUUGGUAAGGUUAACAUGAUGAGGAACUGCCCAGAGUACUACCGGGAGCUGUGUGUUCAGGACUCCGUCAGGGACACCGAGGAGUUCAUCAGAUAUGUGAGGGGCAUCCAGUCUCCACUUGUUAUGCCCAUUGUGACACCUCGCUUUGCCCCAACGUGCCCUGAGGAUCAGCUGGCAUCGCUGGGGCAGCUAGCCAGUAAAUAUGGCUGUCACAUUCAGAGUCACUUGGGUGAGACUCAGCCAGAGUGCAACUGGGUGAAGGAGCUGUUCCCUUGGGCCAAGUCCUAUACUGAUGUUUAUGACAGCAUGAGGCUCCUCAGUGAGAAGUCUGUGAUGGCCCACUGUAUAUGGCUGGGGGAUGAGGAGAUCUACACCCUGCGGGAACGAGGUGUGGGCAUCGCUCACUGCCCCAACUCCAACAUCUCAAUCCGGUCAGGUCUCUGUGACAUCAGGAGACUUCUCAACCAUGGACUCAAAGUUGGACUAGGCACAGAUUGCUCUGGUGGUUACAGCUCGUCAAUGCUGGAUGCCAUAAGACAGUCCUUGCAGGUGUCCAAUGUGUUAGCCUUAGACCGUGACCCAGACUACCAACGACUCUCUUACAAGGAGGCCUUCCGCAUGGCCACACUUGGGGGUGCCAAAGUACUCAACAUGGAAGAUCGCAUUGGCAAUUUUGAAAUAGACAAGGAGUUUGAUGCCCUGCUUAUUGAUGUGACAGCACCAGGGUCAGCUGUCGAUAUCUUCAGCAAGGAUGCCAUAGAAGACAAAAUCCAAAAGUUCCUCUACACUGGUGACGAUCGCAACAUUGCCCGAGUGUAUGUUGCCGGCCACCGCAUCCUGGACCUACACAACAGGAACCUACACUAGUGGUUCAUGUGCUGGUGAGCUUUCUGGUUCACAAGGUGGUUUAUAAAACUCAGAGGUGCCAUAUAUUCUAAAUACUUAGCAUUUCAUUGUGGCAGCUGUAGUAUAGAUAAAGCCAGUGCACUGCAACAACUGUCUUCAUGAGACGCAAGUCAUGCUAUACAGUAUUUUUACACUUUAGGUAUAAACUUUAACUUGUAUAGUACAUUAGUAAUUUGUCUGUCCUUACACACACACACACACACACACACACACACGCAUGCAUGCCAGCACAUAUUUUUGUAAUGAGGAAGUUUUUAAAACAUAUCUUAUGAUAAGGUCAGUAUGUAACUUCAAUUGUUGGAAAAUUAUCAUGGAACUGCAGAAAUUUUACCAUAUUUUUGUGAGCACUAAACUGUGUGAGCAAAACUGAAUGCAGACAAAGCCAUAAUUAAUUUUCACUAAUGAGUAUGAGACUUAUUGGUCAGACUCCACAGCACAGUGAUCGAAGAGCCAUGAAGAACAUCACAGUACUGGCACAAGUCCAGGGAUACUAAAGACAUAGAUGAAUGGACAUUGCUUUUGCUGGAAAGAAAACUUCUGUAGCCCUGCGUUUGGUAUUACUGACUGACACUUGGUGUAUAUAUUUACAUACAGUUCAGCAACAACUCAACCUCGCAUUAUUCAAUGUUGUCACUGUCCUGUGACUCCAAAGCUCCGGGACCCUCACACUUCCUGACCCUCGCACACACCAGUACCCAGUGAAUCUCUUGAAAAAUCAAAUCAAUAGUUUAUGAUAAUAGAGAACAGACUUCCUCUUACAUUCAUUUGUUAAUAUAAAACAGUAUUUAAAGGAUACGCGUGAAAUUUUGAUUAAUUUAUGGCAUUUUCCUGAUAUUUUUUUUAUUUGUUGCAUUAGUCUAACACAUACCCAUCGUUGGUUGUUAACUUACCAGAUUAAACUACUAAUAAUAUAUGCAACACUGAGUGACCUGAGGUGCUUCAAGCAGUGAAGCACACGCCCUGCUUCCUCCAGCUCCUGCAGCAAUGUGGCAGUGAGCAGUAUGGCUUCCAUUGUUAUGCAGAGUUACUUUUUAUACAGUUGCUGUGAGCUAUGCUUCCCUGAAUGUUGGUCCAGGUGAUAGCCUUGACAUGUGCAUUUUCUUCCUAACAAACAAUAAUUGAUAAAAGUCUGUACUAGCCUUCAGUAUUAGCAGUAAUCAUAUGUUCAUAAGCAUCACAUAGUGAUCAAAAUUUAUUUUUUUACAAAAUACUUGUUUCACAUGACAAUGUUGGUCAGGUUUCUGGUUGUGAUGAGUUUAGGCAAUCGGUGGACUGGCAGUAUUUCUGUUGUACGACAGUUAGUCCAUUUAAAGCACUCAGAACUGGAGGGGACCAAAUGCAGCUACAUCCCAAUACCAAAUGCAGUUAUCUUGUAUUCUUUGACUACUCAGCAUCCUGCCAGUUGAUGUGUCUCUCAGCACCCUCCAGCUAAACCUCUAAUGUGAAAACUCAAGAACCCACUAGAGGCUGAGGAACGGUUAUUUAUAAAGCGCUAGUUCUUUGGUUCAUGUUCUCGAAAGGGACCGAGUGAGAUUUGCAUCUCUGCUUGUAAAAAGAAAUGUCUUCCCAAAUUUGCAAUCAGGAAUGUGGUAUAAAAGGACUUUGGUUUAAUGAGUGUAAAAAAGAUAAGGACUGAGUACGACAACCUCUUUCAAGAGGGGAGUAUCAAGACACCUCUCCACGUGAAUACAGGAGCAGUGCUUGGUGGGCAUUUUUGUUUUCACAUGUUUUUGUCCUUGAGCUUCUUCUUUUGCUGGAAAAAAAUGGAGGCUAGGAAACGGCAGUACUAUAGCACCAAUCAUGAGAUUAACUUUCCACUAAGCAGAGAGGAAAAUGGAGUCCUGUGCUAUACAAUAUAAUCAGCACAAGGGAUGCACAGUGUUAGGGACAACAGGAUUAUAUACUAAUUCUUACAGUUUCAACAACUGUUGUAACAAACUAAAUUUUGUUGCCAGCUAUUAUUUUUUUUAUUUAAUUAAUAUUGAUAAUUGAAUUGCUACAAUAUUUUUUUGAUAAUGAAAAUAUAAUUUUUUAAUAUUAAUUUAAUUGAAAAGCCGUAUUGUCAAUUGGCCCCUUUGGUUCUGAGCACCUUAUAUGUCAAGCAACACAAAACUGUCAUAGCAGAGCAGAGCUCUCCUCCAUUUGUGUUAUAUUGAACAGGUUAGAUUAAGUUGUUCUAGCCACCACUUGUACAUAUAUUUUGUAAGGUACAAUAUAAAUACUCUUAGAACAUUCCCACUUGUACAGUAAUUUAAGAAAUUAUAGUGGCCAAGGUGAGAAUAGGUAAGGAUAUGUGGAGAAGGCAGGUGAGGCACUUAUUGAGGCCUACAUGCCCCUGAAACUGGAACAAGUAUGAAGUCAUAGGUUGUGUUCAGUACUCCAUAAAAUGCAUCUCUAAUGUAAUGAGUUCCUUCCACUCCACAUCUCACUAUAUACAAUAAUGUACAAUAUUUGUACUUUGUUGUAUAAUCUCUGAAGCAAAGAAUUGUCAUAUUUGCUGCAGAGCAAGAUUAAUAAUAACCAUGGAUAUGA